CACCCGGCCCCAAUCUGUUUGCGUGGCCGGUCCACACCGACCUCACCCAUAUCCCGGACGAGUUACAGGGGAAAUUGCAGGUCUCCUAUUCGGCAUCCCACUAGGAAAAAAAGGCCCUUUCUAGGUUGUGAUGGCUCUGUCCAGGACCCAGUCCUUGCUUCUGCUCUUGGUACUGGCCUUGCUGGGGCUAGGGCUCGUGCAGCCCUCAUACGGCCAGGACCGAAUGUACCAGCGGUUCCUUAGGCAGCAUGUUGACUCUCAGCAGGCCGGUGGCAGUGACAGCUACUGCAAUCUGAUGAUGCAGAGACGGAAGAUGACUUCUCACCAGUGCAAACGCUUCAACACCUUCAUCCACGAAGACAUCUGGAACAUUCGUAGCAUCUGCAGUACUGCCAGUAUCCAGUGCAAGAAUGGGCAGAUGAAUUGUCACGAGGGUGUAGUGAAGGUCACAGACUGCAGAGAGACAGGGAGCUCUAGGGCUCCCAACUGCAGAUACAGGGCAAGCGCCAGCAUCAGGCGGGUCGUCAUUGCCUGCGAGGGUAACCCAGAGGUCCCGGUGCACUUUGACAGAUAGAUGUCAUCCUGCAGCUGCUACAGCUAGUAACUGCAAUAGCAAUGAGGGAUGUGUCAAAGGCCUCGGGCUUGGUCCCCAUUGCUCAUGCCAUUUACCCACACAUACCCAAUAUAACCCAUUGUAUUGAGCGCCUCACAUCCAGGAGAAGAGGGAAACCUCUCCUCACAGCCUGACUCCCAGAGUAUCCUCUGAUUCUUGCAUCACGUGUAUUUAGACAGUAUUUCAACUAUUACAAAGUGCCUUGUUUGUACAAGCUGUCUCAUUCCAGUGCCCUAACCUCCUACCCCAUGCCUAUUCGGCUACUUUAUUCAGAACUUUUAGAGUUAAAGAAUUUGAAGACCAUAAAAACAUUGGAAGUUCUCAGACAAAAAUCCAACCAAGGGCUGGAAAGAUGGCUCAGCUGUUAAGAACACUGGUUGUUCUUCCAGAGGUCCUGAGUUCAAUUCCCAGCAACCAUAUGGUGACUCACAACCAUCUGUAAUGAGGUCUGGUGCCCUCUUCUGACCUACAGGGAGAACACAAUAUAUAUAAUAAAUAAAUAAAUCUUAAAAAAAAAAAUCCAACUGAACCUGUUCCGCACACAGGACUUUACCUACUUCAUUAUGUAUGCUUUCUGUUUUCUGUUAUUCCUAAAUGUCAUCCUUAGGGAAACCAGCAAGAAUUUGGAAAUAACAUGCUGACAAAUUGAAAGAUAUGAGUUAUUUGGUAUUAUUCAUUAUGGUUGUGGCUACUAAGAAUUUUUUAAAUGCUAUAUCAAAAAAGAUAGUAGAUCACCAAGAUUUUUUACCUUCCUUAAUUGAAAGAUUUUUCUGCAUUUUCAUUGUAAUAAAGAGCUGUCAGCUGAA